AUGGUCCAUGCUCAGAACCAACAGAAAGAAGUCUCGGCAGAAAGAAUGAGUAGGGCUUGUGUACAAUGUGCGGCAAGUCGGGUCCGCUGCAGUAGAGAAGUGCCUUGUGCUCGCUGUAGCCUCAAAAACAUUCGCUGCGAGUACCGGGUAUCGUCAACACACAGCCCGGCCGGUCAGAGUGGACAUGGCGAUGUACCUCAAUCCAACGCAAGCGCUCGUCCCGAUGUGGUAGAGGCAAACGAGGGAGUUACGGGUGCUAUUGAUUUAGCGCUUGCCUUAGACCACGCACCUCAAUCUCUGGACACGUCAAAUUUGCCGAGUGGUGAAGUUCAGCGGCCGAUGCUGAUCGACAACGAGAUUGCCCAAGACUCGACUCUGUACUUAACGGGUUUAAGACAUGACUUCGUUCCCCAGUCCAUGUCGGGAGUCAAUUGGCUCUCCCCGGGCCAGACUAUUCUCCAGGAAUGGGCAAGUCAACUAGCCGGUAUCACAGAGAGCGAUAUCUUUUCACCAAGGUUGAACAUGAUGGAUUUUCCAGAUUCUCUCCGGCUCCUCAACGCCAGACCCGAACAAGAGAUAGGCUGGGAUCAUGCCAGCCAGCAAUUUCCUGGCCAAAUCCAACCCAGCAACUGCGAGCAGCUGGAUUAUCAGCAUCCGAGUCGAGAAAUGGAAUCGCCUGAAACAUUUGUCGAUGCCCAGUCUACAGGAACGUCUGGAUCUAUGGGAAACAAAUACUACGUGCACGGGGUCGCAUCGCGGGCUCCAUUUCAACGCAGGUUUCGUAACUCGCAAACUGCAGCAGAAGGCUCGGUUGAUUCCGCCAAAUCUGGCACCAAGGCUAGCGGGUUUACGUCGCCGGUGACCAACUGGCUGACAGCAGACACAUACACCAGAGUAACUUUGGGCGUUCAAGAACAUACACAGUCACAGUCAACGCUCCCAUCGCUUGACUCAUUUCGGCUGUGCGUGCAUUUAUAUUUUGAGCGCUCAUAUCCAAAUUUCCCAUUCCUCAACAAAGCCCAUUUCGUAACUGAGGAGCCGCACUGGAUUUUGCUACUUGCAGUGGCAGGUGUGGGAGCAACAUAUCUUCUUUCCUCGCAAGGCUCCCAAUGGAAACACUCAAUGAUGCAAACGCUUGAAACUGUUCUUUCGGAACGCCUUAACAGUGUUCAUUACUUCCAGAGAGAAUCAUAUUCUACACAAUCGGCAAAUCAGACGUACGGGGCAGCAGGUGUGGUAAAUGAGCUUCUGCCGCUGAUACAGGCCAAGAUCUUACAUAUGUUAUGCAUGCUUCAUAGCAGCAUCUCAUAUAUUACACAUCGAGCAGUGUUUGAGCGUGCAGAGCUGGUGCAAUGGUGUUCGUACCUUAACCUAGUACGGACAUCCUCAGACGUCUCUAUUUCUAUCACAAGUGAUACAGAUAUUCAGCUUUGGAUACAGAUGCAGACGAGACUUAGAGCGGGAAUGAUGAUAUGGUUGUUAGACUCUAUGCUAUCUUAUGAGCUCGGCUGCAGGCAUAUCAUGAAGCUGGGAGAUAUUGGAGAAUGGCUGCCCUGUCAUGAGCCAGCGUGGGAGCGGCCGUCGCUCGCGAAUAUUCAAAUUGCUCAAAAGUUCUCAGAUGCCCUCGACACAAUUUAUAUUGAAAAGCAGCUUCCACCUAAGCUCAGCGACCUCAGCCAUGUUCUACUAAUCCACGCCAUCUACCGACGAACAAUCGAGGUUUUUGAUCAGAGUCGCAUGCGAUUGUCAACAUGGAACCCCACGGCAAGCGUGCAAACCUUGACCAGUGAGCCAAGUCCAACUCAAGAGUGGCCUCCAUCUAGUAGCAUAGUCUCAAACUGGCGCAACGCUGCCUGUGACUCACUAGAUAUCCUCAACUGGGCAGCCAACAGCAAUGCUGCUGAAUCGUGUUGGGAAGAACCUACCAUCUUGUAUCUGCAUCUUUCUCGGCUGAUUCUUCUCGCUCCAACCGACCAUUUCCAGACAUUGGUCAAAUAUCCCGCAAUGAACAAGCAAGGUUGGCCCAACUCGACGACCUCGGGUCUGCAGCAGUAUGAACAUGCCCGUAGCCAGGUCCUUCAAUGGGCAAUUCGUGACCAAUUCAAGGCUCGGCUGUCAGUCGUCCAUGCUGGCGCCUUGCUAUGGCACGUCCGUCGGUUCAGCACCAAUAAUGUCAUAGAGCCAUUCAGUAUCUACAUUGCAACUCUCCUACUUUGGGCAUACAGUGCUUCAACCUCUGCAAUUGGUUCACACGACUCUGCAACUUGUCGGGCCUCUCAUGAUAUCACGCAAAAUGGAAAGGAUGGUGCUUGGCUGGAUGACUCUGACGAUGAACCUAGCUGGAUUCGCUUGGAUCGGCCUUUGGACGACGAGCUUGUACAAACCUAUAUCCAUGUCGGGGAUAAGAUGUCGGCCCAUCUCAAGGGGGUUGGGGAUAUUGUUAAGCAUGGUGCACCCUUGAAAAUUCUUAAGCAGGGGUUAUAUUUGCUCACCGGGGAGAAGUAUGGGGGAAAUGCCAAGGACAGCAAUAGUGGCAGUAUUUUGGAGGAGGUAACAACCUAUACCUGGGAUAUACAGCGCUCGUAUGCAGAAACGAUCCGACGUAUGAUCACGGCCACGAACACUUGUUAA